AUGGAUUUUAAGGAUCAAAGUGUGGGUAUAUGUUAUUGCUGCAUUUUCUUUACUUUUAAACAUUACUUUUACUUAAUGAUGAUAACUAAUGGGAUUCAAGGACUUACUUUAAUGAUAAUGGGAGGUUCAGGGAUUUUGAACUUAAUUGAACUGUUUCAUUUUUCAUUGCCCAUUACAAUUACCUUAUUAAGUUUAGGUAUUUACUUUAUGAGAAUAUAGGCAGUUUUCUAAUCUUGGGAUUGAUAGCAGAAAUAAUUUUUUUUUUUCGCCAUUCAGUUAUAAAAAUAGGACGAUUUAUGGUUGUUUUAAACAUUUUGACUUCUUUAUUUGAUCUCGUAUUAGGAGUGAUCAUAUUGUUAAUGUGUUUUUUCGGUGUUGUUUUUAUCGAAUUGAAUGAUACAUAGUUAUAUUUUAGUUAAAAAAGGAGAGACAUAUUAAAAGCCAUAUCAAUAGGAAUUAUAUUUAUAUCUUUUUUUGGAUUCUGGAUGACUUAUCUUUAAUAUCAGCUACUUUUACCUUUGCAUGAGUAAAUACAAUAAGAUAUAAAAAUUGUGCCUGUUGUUUCUUUGAGAUAGGCAGUGACUCGUAAGUUUUCCAAGAACUUUAUUGCAGAACUCACUCCGAACAUUAAGCAAUCAAAGAGAUUAGGUAGAGCAGAUACGAUAUCGGAACAAUCACAACCUUUGUAAAGUAUAUAAGUAUUAAAUAUCUUGAUUAAAGCUCAAAUCGUAAAAGAAUGAUGAAAUGCCGGAACUUUAUUUAAAUCAAAGAAGUGAAAAACUUAUUAAACUUCCUGAUAGUGUUAGUCCCUAUAAUGAGUACUUUGCUCCCUCUACUAACACAAUAAGGUAUUCUAAUUAAUUAGAGGACUUCCAGAAUUUAAGGAAGUAGAGGACGCCCAGAACAACCUAUUUAAAAUAAUAAAGCUGAUUAAUUUUUCAUAUAUUAUUUUUUAAUAUAGGAAGUGAUGUAGAUUAAUAAUCUAUUAUUAUUUGCAUUGUUUUGCAUUGUGUUUAGUAGUGAGGAUUUGACUUUCAAUUGCUCCACUAUCACUGACAUAACUCAAUGUUAGUAAUCAUCAAACUUUUGUACUUAUUUUGAGCAAUUACUUUAGGUUACGUACUUGAAGCCAAUGUGCCGUAUUUGUCAGCUCAAAAUAAGGAAUCGGGUGUCAUACUUGAUAAAGUAAAUGAUAUAUGCAUGGUAUUAAUUAAUAAUAUUGGAGAGCUUGAAUUUUUUCACGGUGUGUGAAUAAUUAAACACCGAGAAAUCAUGUAAACUGGGAACUUGUUUAUGGGAUCCAAUCGAAGAACGAUGUUAUGUAUAAAACUAUUCUAUAUCAAAGGAAUGGGAUUAGGCUCCUUGUUAGAGUUAUCCAAAAACAAUGUGUUAAUGGAAUUACUAGUGCGAAUUAGUAAAUCAAACACAAGUGCUCUAUUUGAAUUAGAAUUACACUUUAAUGAAUGAGGUGGACAGUAACCAAUAGGAUGGAAGGAAAGUGGGAACAUGGUUAUAUGAAUUUGGAUUAAUAAUAGGUGUGAUAAAGAGUGAAACAGACAAAGAAGAGUAUAAUUUCACAAAGUGUACAUUGAAAAGCAGAUGUGAAUUCAUCUAGAUUAUUAAUUACAACAAUGCUCAUUUUGAAUGUGGGAUCUCAGAUUUGAAUUGUUAUUAUGAUGAAACGGAAGGUAAAUGCAAGAGGAUAAGCGCAAAAACGUCAUGUGAUUUAAUUAGAUAGUAAGAUAAAUGUAAUAGUGGAACUGCACCAUGCAUAUGGAUUGAUCAAAAAUGUUAAAUGUUUAAUGAUGCAGUUGUUUCUUGCACUCAACUUGAUAGUAAUAGAUGCUUAAAUAAUGAAAAUUGUUACCUUGAAGAUACUAAAUGUAAGUCUUAUUUGAGUUGUGCUGAUUUUAAAGUGAAAGGUGACUGUGAUGAAUCCACAUUUUUUUGUUAUUUUGAUGAGUAUGAAUAAACAUGUAAAUAAUUGACGAAACAUAUUCAAUGUAAACAAAUUGGUGAAAAGAAGUGUAAUCAAUUUACUAAUUGUAAAUUCAAUAUGGACACUUAAAUUUGCGAAGAAAUUCUUCAAGAUUUUUAUUGUUAGAAAUUUGUACACUCAGAUUGUGAUGCUGAUAUUAAUUGCGUUUGGAAUGGCAGUUUAUAAAUAUGUAAUUGGAAAUAUUCCACUUAAAAUUGUAAUGGUAAAACAGCUGAUAAUUGUGAUACUUUGGAUUGUUAUUUUGAUUAAGUCAUGAAUCUAUGUUCUAUUAUCAAAACUAACACAAAUUGUGAAUUUUUAGGUCAAAAUGCUUGUAGUAAUCAAAAAAUAAUCAAAGAUAAUAUGUGCUAAUGGUCAGAGACUAGAAACUUAUGUUUGUCUAUCUUUGAUUUUAGUUGUGAAGAUAUAAGUCAAGACUUUUGCAAAUUUAAUCAAAAGUGUUUCGUUGUCAAAGGUGAAUGUCAAACAAGAAAAUAAUGCAAAGAUAACGCAUCAAAAUCAGAAUGCGAGUAAGAUACAACCUAAUCAUGUUAUUUCGAUUCUGAUCAACAAGUCUGUAGAAGAGUUACGAGCUAAACUGCUUGCAAAAAUAUCGUUAGAGAAGACUCUUGUAAUAAAGCCAUUUGCUCUUGGUAAUCUGGAAAAUGCGAAAGUAUUGAAAACGUGAAUUGUUUGAAACUAGAAACUAAAAAUUGCAUGUAUUCUAGCAAAUGUUUACUUCAAAAUAAUAAAUGUAUCCCAAUAGAUAUUUGUGAAACUAACAAUGGAAGUAGUUCAGCUUGCAAUUCAGAUCCAAAUCAUUGCUUUUAUAAUUCAGAUUCAUAAUUAUGUAAAUCCAUUGAUGGUACUAGUAAUUGUAGUUCUUUGUACGGAGCAGAUAAUUGCAUUUAUGGUCCAUGUAAAUAACUCAUCGAAUAUUAGGUACUCUAUUGAAAUUGUCCAAUAAUAAAUUACAGUGCAUCAAAUAUGAAUAUGCUGAUUGCGCUUUAUUGACAAAGGAUUAUUGUCAUUUUGGAUAAUGUGCUUGGAACUUGACUUAGUGUGUUUCAUAUCCUGUUGUUAUUGAAAAUGAAGCUGAGGAUAAUCCAGGAGCUAAACCAGAUGAACCUGUUUCCCCUUAAGAAGAAUAUUCAACAUACUUACAUAUUUUAUUAAAUCUAUUGGUAAUCAUUUUAGAAUGAUAAAAUAAUAUCUGAUUAUUCUAUAAAAAC